AGACAGCUGAGGCAGUGUUUGUCUCCACUGAGCAGCUUCGAGUCUCUGAACGACCGGACGACUGAGCAAGAGACAACAUGGACAACACUGACAACCUGUUUCAUCCCAGGUGUUUUUCCUCUGUACAGCCUUGCAGCAGCUCUAACAAAGCUGGAUCCGGAGGACGGAGAGCAGAUCAUGGAGUAUUUCAAAACUCACGCUCUGCUGAGCAGAGAGAAAGCACUGCUGCAGGCGUCAGUCCGAGAGCAGAAGAAACUGUUGGUGGAAAACGCCAAACUGAAAAAAGACAUUGAACAACUGAGAGGUCAGCUGCAGGAGAAACAGAGGAGACGCACUGCCAAAGCUCUCAUCUCUCAGGCCCCGCCCCCUUCCCAAGUUAACCCCGCCCCUAGUACACCUGUUGAUCAACCUCCAUCACCCGCUGGAGCAACAGCUCCUCCCACCUCCUCAUCAUCCAAUGAGAGGAGAGACAGACAGAGCAGGAGGAGGAGAGGAGAGAGGAAAGCUCGUCCCAGCUCUGACUCCCUCUCUUUAGGGGCGGAGCCUCAGGUUGACGUGUCCCGCCUUGAUCUGCGUGUCGGUCGCAUCAUCAGCGCCCGUCGUCACCCGCUGUCUGAGGCGCUGAUCGUCCAGGAGGUCGACGUGGGGGAAUCUGCUCCUCGGACCGUUGUGGCUAAACUGGGAGAAAAAACACAAAUAGAAGAGCUUCAGGGGAGUCUGGUUGUGUUGAUAUGCAACGUCCGGGCCUGUAAAAUGAGGGGCGUGGUCUCUAAGGCCCGCCUCCUCUGCUGCGUUCAAUCAGAUGACUGCAUUGAGCUGCUGACCCCGCCCACAGGAGCCACACCUGGAGAUAGAGUGACCUUCCUCAAUUACCCAGGUGAGCCGGACCGAGAACUGUCGUCCAAACAGAGGGUCUGGGAGCUGCUUCAGGAGGACCUAAGGGUCGAUAGCAAGGGGGUGGCUAACUAUAAGGGCUGCGGGUUUGAGGUGAAAGGGAAAGGUCUGUGCCGAGCCCCCACCCUCACCAACUGCACCAUCAGAUAGACAGCAACAGCACCAUCCACAGGACAAAAGGAGAAGUGCACCACAAAGCUUUCAUUAAGGAGAAUUUGCACUGUCAGCUGGGCUAAGGAAAGUUUUACGCACAGCUCUUACAAAAUUAAAAACACUUGUGAAAGU